AUGGAAGAUGACAGUAAACCUGAGCAGAGUUCCUGGACCCAUCUACCCGAUGUCUGUCUGAGGCAUGUCUUCCAUUGGUUAGAUGACAGGGACAGAUCUCAGGCUGCCUUGGUCUGUAAAAAGUGGAACUGGGUCAUGUACUCGGGAUCCCUCUGGAGAAGCAGAACCAUUUCAUUCUACGGCCGACCAUCGAGGGCACACACACUGGAGUUAAAGAGUGCACUGUGGCAUACCAAGAAAUUUAGCAAGUAUUUGAAGCACCUUGAGAUCAAGUUAUUGAAUCCGUACAAUACUAACAUCACCAAACGUUUUCAAGGGACUAUAAAAGAUCUUCUUUCACACCUGGGUAACAGCCGUCUGGUAUCACUCAGCAUUGAGCAUCUGCGAUUAAAUUGCUUGAUCUGGAAUAAUGCAGUCAAGGCUCAGUUUAUCAACAACUUAGCUACCUUCCUGAAAAGGAGCAAACAGCUUGAUUAUCUCAACUUAAAAGGAGCAAGAGUAACCUUGGAAGAAGGCUGCAAGCUUCUGAAUUCUCUGAGCUGCUCUAUAUCCAAACUCAACAUUGAAGAUUUCUUCAGUAUCCACUCUGCUGCCUACAGCAGCACCUUGUUCCACCAAACUAUGUCCAAGUUCCACAGCAUCGCCAUUCUGACUUUCAAUUAUAGCUGCAUCUCCAAUGAACUGCUGGACACGCUGCGGGAGCAUAGCGCUCAUUCCCUGUGUACCUUGAAUAUCAAAUGUCACAUCCAUGACCCUCAUGGGCAUGAGGUCUGUGGAACAUCAUGGACAAACUUGGCCAAGAGAGCUCCAAAACUGAUUGUGAACUACGUCUUUCAAAGAGUCAUGAAGCACAAUGAUCUAGCCAGGAUCCUGCUAGCAGAGAUACCAGUCAGGAGCAUCAGUUUACGGAGCUGCUAUUACAGUGACCCAGAAUGGAUAAUGAGACCUACCCUCACCAACCUCCUCCCAGCCUACCGGCAUGUUCUGCAGGAGCUGACACUUGAAUUAAACAAUUACCGUGAACUGAUGGAUGAUGAGCUGAUACAGCUCAUCUUAUCAUGCAAGAGGCUGUUAUUUCUGAAAGUCUGGGCAUUUCUAAGUGUCACCUUUAUGGAGAGGCUGCUACAAAACCGUGCAGAAAGGAAAUGCAUUUUGACUACCAUAAAGGUCAGGAUUUACACAACCAGACAAGAGACCAGCGAGGAAGAUCAGCUGUUGGACAAUAUUUACAAAAAGUUUAAAUGUCUGAUUGAUUCAGAGCUUAAUUAUUUUGUCACCACCAACACAAUGGUGUGA